GGUUUUCUCCUGCAGAUCAUCUUUGCUCAUCAAACAUGACUCAAAUGAAAACUUUACUCUCUUUAUCCCUCAUAGUCAUCUUACUGGCUCAAUCUUGUCCAAGCUCAGCUCAUGAAGGUGUUUCAACAUCACUCACUGAAACUCUCAGCCAACCUGUUCAACAGUCCUUGGAUCAUAGACAACCUUGUUGCUUCUACACCCGAAAGCAUCUACAAAUCCAAAUCAAGAAACGAGCGCGUCUUGUACCGCGCGCUGGUGUCGCUCGUGCAAGGCCAAAGUCAUCGGCAAUUCGUACACAAACGUCUUCAAUACAGUUGUGUUCUCUCUUUGUUUAUUUCGUUUUCUUUGGUUUCUUCUUGCUCUAAUCUUUCAAGGGAGGGCAUUGACAAAGUUGCAAGGUAAUCUAAGCAUCAUGGGUUCAACCUUGUUGCUCUCUCUCUCUCUCUCUCUGGUUAAUGUCCCUGAUAUUUAUUCUUGUCCAAGCUUAAUUUAAUGUGUAAUGUAUGAUUUAUUCUUGUUGC